AUGGUUGAGAAGGUUAUGCAACUGAAAUGCGACUGCAACCAGUACCCCUGGGGGAAGCAAGGCUCGAAGUCGCUCGCUGCGACCUUGUGCGAGAAGACUCCAGGCACAGACUUCAAGCUUGAUGAGAACACAAGCUAUGCUGAGAUGUGGAUGGGCACAUAUCCUGAGUUGCCUUCAUAUGUGCUAGAGACCGGCGAGGAUCUCCAAAAGGUGCUCGACAGGCAUCCUGAUGAGCUUGUUGGAAAGAAGACUGCCGACAAGUUCAACCACACAAAGCUGCCAUAUCUACCCAAGGUCCUGUCAAUAGCAAAGGCCCUACCACUGCAAUUGCAUCCAAACAAGGAUUUGGCUUCGAAGCUGCAUGCAAAGAACCCUGAUCAAUUCACCGAUCCAAACCACAAGCCAGAGAUCGCUUUGGCUCUAGGCGACUUUGAAGCUUUCUGCGGCUUCAAGCAACUCAAAGACAUCGAGCGACUGAUGCAGCUGCCACCUCUUCAACCUUUCCUUCCAGAGGUCAAGAAGCCCGAGUUUGAUGAUCAGAUUCUAAAGCACGUUGUCAGGGAAAUGCUCAUGGCCUCUGAGGAUGCCGUACGCAAGACCAACGACGCGCUGAUGAAGAUUCCCAAGGAGCAAUUCGGCGAAUUCAGCUAUAUCCCCGACAUGAUUCCACGUUUGGCUGAGCAGUACGACAAAGCGGACAACGGAACUCUUGUUGCCCUCGUCACCAUGAACUACCUCCAGCUCAAGGCUGGUGACAGCAUCUACAUCCCUGCCGACGGCAUUCACGCAUAUCUCUCCGGUGAUAUCAUCGAGUGCAUGGCCCGAUCGAACAACGUUUUGAACACCGGCUUCUGCCCGCGUGCUGACCGUGACAAUAUCGACAUGUUCUGCUCUUCUUUAACCUUCACACCACAUGAUGCCAAGGAGGCUAUCCUACCAGCGAAACCUUUCGAUGGAAGCAAAAACGGCAAGACGAAACUCUACGCGCCUCCUCUAAGCGAGUUCAGCAUGCUGGCUACAACCGUGGGCGAUGGUGAUUCCGAGGCCAUCCGGUCGCUUGGCGGACCCAGUGUCAUGAUCGUAACAGAAGGCGAGGGUACCAUGAGGGGCAACGGCAAGGAAUACAAGCUGAGCGCAGGUUACAUUUUCUUCGUCGCGCCAGGUGUAGAGUUAGAGUUCAAGGCUACUAAGCAGCUCAAGGCGUUUACAGCCUUUGUAGAGUAG